GCGGCGCGGCGCUGCCAUGUUGUUGUUGUAUUUUCUGGGCAGCGGCAGAGUUUCCAGCUGCUGUCGCUGUCUGCGGACGCGGUGGGUAGUUUCGGUGGGGAAGGCACUGCUUUAAUCACUCUAUUUGGAUUACUACCGAGCUUCAAGUUACAGCAAAAGUUGCCGGACAACGGGAGCUGCCGUCGGGUGAGGUGAAGAUGGUGGACCGGCUUGCGAACAGCGAGGCCAACUCCAAGCGGAUUGCGGUGGUUGAGAGCUGCUUCGGCGCUGCAGGUCAGCCGCUGGCCAUCCCAGGCCGUGUGCUGAUUGGUGAGGGUGUUCUCACCAAACUGUGCCGCAAGAAGCCAAAGGCACGGCAGUUCUUCCUCUUCAACGACAUCCUGGUUUAUGGUAACAUCGUCAUUCAGAAGAAGAAGUACAAUAAGCAGCACAUCAUCCCUCUGGAGAGCGUCACCAUCGACACAGUACCAGAUGAAGGCGACCUGCGCAAUGGCUGGCUCAUCAAGACGCCCACCAAGUCUUUCGCUGUGUAUGCUGCUACUGCCACAGAGAAGUCCGAAUGGAUGAACCACAUAGGGAAAUGUGUCGGAGACUUGCUGCAGAAAAGUGGCAAGUCCCCUACAGGAGAGCACGCGGCCGUAUGGGUGCCCGACUCAGAGGCCUCUGUGUGCAUGCGCUGCAAGAAGGUGAAGUUCACGCCAGUCAGCCGCCGCCACCACUGCAGGAAAUGUGGAUUUGUGGUCUGUGGGCCGUGCUCAGAGAAGAAGUACCUCCUUCCUAGCCAGUCGUCCAAACCGGUUCGCGUCUGCGAGCACUGCUACGAGCAGCUGACGUCCGUAAACCUCCAGGCGCGCUCAGACUCCAUCACUCGGGGGUCAAAGUUCCACAGCAACAACCUCUCGGACGAUGACGACGAUGAUGACAGCAGUGACUGAGGAAGGUCUGAUCCUCCCAACGGUCUGUCCAUCUCUGUGCCGUGGAGGAAGUACUCUGCUGAUUAAAUUUUUUUGUUUUCCAUCCUUGUGAUUGAAUCAUGAUCCACCGAGAGAGGAAUUCCACCUUUUCUGGAUUAAUUAAUUAAUUCACUUCGGAGUUCUGGUCUCAUCUACAAACCAAAAUGUUUUACCCCUUUCUCUGAAUCCAGCAGGGAUAAAUACUUUCCUGAACACAGUGAUUAAUCAGUCACUUGAGAAACUGCCUGGGUGACCAGCAGCACUUUGAGAUAAAGUCUUGACUGUUCAUCACAGCCCUUCUCCCUUCCAUCUUAAUUAGCUUCAGUUAGUCACUACAGAAAACAAAGGUGCUAAUGAGAGACUUGCCCUCUGCUCUAUACUCAGCUUAAGUUAAUUUCUUCUUCUCUUUCUUUUUGCCUUUUUCUUUUUUUGUCCUUACUCUCUCUCCAUGGACCUAAACAAGGUAACUGCUUGUAAUUUCUGCAGGGAAAAGCAAAUGUUUGGGCUGUAGCCUCUGUCUUUGGUUUUCUUUCAGGGAUUUCACCAAACAGGACAUUAUUAUAACAGAAUUCUGCACUAUUUUUGUAAAUUGGACUCCAGCAAAAUGAAAAAUUUCCCUUUUAUAAAUAUAUAUUGUGCUAAACCCAGAGCUUUUUCUAAUAGAUCUACUAUAGCUGCUUUUGACAAAUCAACUAAAGCUUGUCUCACGGUGAGUGAGUGUUUGUCUUUUAACAACCACGUAUGAGUUUUCUUAGAGGCUGCCCCCUUACUUACUCUGCCUUCUCCUAUACCCUCACAUAGUGCCUUGUAGAAAACUCAGCUUAGCCUUCAGCAAGCAGAAAGGUUAUUAGAUAAUAAAACAAGACUGCAAAAAACAGCGACUUCAUGAUAGGUUGACUCUGAAACACAUUAUAGAGGGUGGAGUUGUUUGGUUUUGUGUGAAGACCAGGGCGAUUAUAUACCAGGGAUCAGAUGGGAACGGUUCAAUUUGUUCCUAGAAACACUUGAAAGUCUCUUAAACCAGCCAUCCAAUCUUGUAAAGGCAGGCGCCGGCUUUUUCCAUUUAGCUGCUAGUGGGCAAUUUUUCACUAGAGGAACCUAAUUGCCUUGUUUCCAUUGUGUUAAAAACCAGAGGAUGAAUGGAAAGUAUUGGUGAUCAACAUUCACACACACACACACACACACACAUACACACACACACACACACCCCUUUCAACUUUCAACAGAUGGCUUGUGUGGACCUGUGGCUGAUUGAAAUCUAGUUGAGAGGUUGCUUUAGACCUUGUGAACAUUUUUCGUAGCUGACCAUGGCUGGGAAAUCUAGUUAGACUUCUAUCAAACACCCCAUUGCUGAUCAAACAAUCUAAAGUUUACCUUCAGAAAUAAAUAACUAGCCAGCCAAAUAUACUCUGAUUCUGAAUAUUGUUUGAAUAAAGCACAUAUUACUUUGUAGUGCUGGGCUGAUAUGUUAAUUUGUUCCCAAAAAGCUGUUGCACUGACCCCUCCUGUGAAUCUCACAUAUUUGAAUUCCAUUUUGGCUCUAUUGUCCAUCCAUGCUAAACAAUACCCUUCAUAAAGGGCUCUUUUGGAAAUAUUUUAAUCAGGAAGUACGCUGUGAUACAUAAGUAAUUGAGCAUUACAAUCAGCUUCAUCUCCAAUGAGUCUUUCAUCCUCUUCAGCUGGUAGGCCUUGUUCUGCUCUGCAGCUGAGCUCAGAAUUUGAGACACAAAAAGCUUUACAGCUUCUAGCCACAGUAGUUCUAGGGGUUGCAGCAGAUCUUCAGAGUAGAAUCAGGACACCAGUUGUCAGAUGGAGUACAGGACAGUGGUGCUAGAAUCCAAUGAAACAAGAACUCAAACAGAGUAAUGACCUCAAAGUCCAACACAAUGCCAAAAUGGCUAAAAUAGCGUCUUGAGUAACAUGAGAUUAGAAGGCCUUUGGGACUGAACUUAAAAUAAGGUCAGGGUGUUAUCUGCUACCAAAUCAGUCAUGGAUGGUGAUGUUCCUUUAAACAGACUGCAAAAAUAAAAUCUGCUAAAGCAAGUUGGAAAAUAUUCUUGUGGGGCUGUUAAGUCUCUGCUAUAACUUUAAUGUCACAUUAUGACAAAAGACAAAAAGUGGUAAAACAUGAAGUUGCUAGAGUGGGUAAAGACAAAGAAUUGAAGUUUUUUGCACCUGGAUGGGUUUUGUUAGCUGUAGGUUAUUUUUAUCUUUGUGUUAUACAAACGGAUCCAAUUAAUGUAAUGUAAUAUCUCACAGAGAGGUAGCAGCAAGCAGCAGUUUGGAUUCUGUUUGCGAUGCGAUUGUUUAACACUGAGCUAAUGCCUCCAGUGAAUGACUGAAUGAAUGAAAUUAAAUGAAAUGCAGUAAUAAGGAAGUUUUCGGGCCUGGUGUGUGUGUUCCUUUUUUUGCACGACUGUGAGUGCACCAUAGGUUGUGAAAUUCCUCCCUGCUCAGCAGCUUAGCAGGUUUUCUGGAAUGAACAUCAGGAAAUCGGCAUGUUGUCUUCCUGUCACUUGCCCUUUACUGUGCUGCUCUUUUAGGUCAGAGGGAAGUACUGUGUCAUAAAACAAACACACCUCUUUUGAACUCUGCCCCUCUGGCAACACAAGCUACCAUAACAGUCUGUCCAUCUUUCUUUCCUUCCUUCCUUCCUUGUGUACUUGCUUCUUUUUUCAGUACCAUCACUUCUCCAUGGAAACCACAGCUUGUAGAUCAUGUGACACAGUGUGUGAAUUAAGUCAUGUGAUUGAGUACUGAACGAGGAACUGAAAAAAAAAAAAAAACCUCCUUUGGGGAAUUGACUACCUUCUACAGCCUGCAGAAAACUCAGGUUCAGUUAGCUUACCAGAUGUUCAUGUUAUCAGUUUCAGUGCGAGUUUCUGUUCUCAGUGAGUCCUGUGAAGAGUUUGAUUCCUCAGACCGACAUUUUCCAAAUAAACAGCACUCAAAGUUGACUCUGAACUCCCCAGGAUCAUUAAUUUCUCGGUAUUUAUGACCCAAGCUUGUACACAGAUACUUGUCAGUCUGCAUCUCUGCUAUAUUCACUCUGCUGGCUCAUUCUGUGCUGUUGGAGGUCUCAGAAUUGUCACUAUUUGUAAAAGUGCACUUGUACCAUCUAAACCAAGACUGAGUUAGGAUUCUCGUCUGUCCUGUUUCCCUGCGUCACUGCAUGUCGGCUCAGAAAAUCCAACAUUUUUAUCAGAUUGACGCAUCACGCUUCACAUUUACGGGCGUUCACAAUAUUCUCAAGAAAAGAUUUUGCAACUCUGGAAUAUUGACGGGAAUUUUUUUUCAGUCACGUGAGAAAUAGAAGACAUGCAGUACAUGACAGUCAUGUCAUCUGCCAGGAAUGCAUAGAAUGCCAGCCAUUUUACCUAUUGACAACUCGACUGAACGAGUAAUCUUAACAUUUUGCAUUAACCUGUCAGCAGCAUGGAUGAGACUUUUUUUGUUUGUGAUUUAAAUGAGCUACAGAGAGUGUAAAGGUCACCAUAAAGUCAGCUAGACUGCUGCAUUGAUUUCACUAAAGUGCAUCUGUUUGAUCGGCCAACUGAAAAAGUCAAGACACCUCCUACGGGGACAGCCUGUCGCACCCAGCUCCAUCCAAGCAGACUCUCACUCACGUGAAACUUCAUUUUCACAGACGGGGUGAAAGUGUGAACUUGUUUUUUGGAAGUUUUCUUCUUGUUAAAUAGAGCACACUAACUGCUUCAGGUUUUUUGGAAUGAAGCUCCUCAUAGGUGUUUGUUUAAAACAUUUAAAGGCGUGGGAUAAGAUGUACGUGAGCGCACUGCAGUCAGGACUAGAAACAGAAGACACAUAAGUGAUUUUGCUUUUAUCUGAGAUCAAACAGGAAUGGGAAAACAAGUUUGCGUUGCUUCUAACAAAAGCUGAACCUUUACCUUUAUGUGCAACACCUCUGUGUCUACAGACGAUUUCCUUCAUUUUGACUUUCUUUCUACACAGUUAUACGGUAACAGUACAGCAUUAAGCAUCUCAGUAAACCAGCAGAACAGGAAGAAGAAAGGGAUCAUUUUCUUGUUAUGAUCUUACAGGUUAAACUUUCUGGUAUUGUUAUAGCGAUAAGAGAAAUGACCAUGUUAAUGAUCACUAACCAGCUGUCCUUUAUACUCACUGUGGCGGUGGUGCUCACGGAGAGACAAUGACGUCACAGUCGAAUCCAGAAGCACAAAGUCCGGCCUCAGGUUUGCUGUGGAUUGCACUCAACAAAGUCUGCACUUGGACUCUGAUCCAGGUUGUUACCAUAUACUGUCAGAUCCACAGCGACUGGACAUUUUCAAAUGAAUCCUCAUGUUGUUUUAAGCCUGUUGAUUUUUGUACAUUUGUACAGAUUUGGGUUCUUUGGGUUGUAAUGUUUUUGUUGUACAGUUCUCAUCAGUGUCUGAAAUGACGCUGUCUCAAGUCUCCUUGUGCUCAGCCCUCCUCUUCGUCCUGACUGUCACAUGUCAUCAGCAUCUGCAGCUUUGCAAUAUGGUUAAAAAACAGAUGGGAACGUUUUGAUGGCCACCAUGCAGCCACGUGUGUUUUAAGAGAUCCUGCUCCUCAGGAAAGGCAACAGCAGCCGGCAAAUAUUAAAUGCCUGUUUCAAAGACACCUAGUUCCUCUGUUUUGGGGUUUUUUUGGGGGGGGGUGUAUGCACUUAAACUGGUCACAACUCUGAUUUCUCGGUAAUAAAACUUCUAGUGUACAGUACAAAGACUAAGGAUUGCAGUGUGUCUUUGUAUUUGUAUUUAAAUAUUUCAUUCCACAGUUUGACUAAAAUUGAAUCAAACUCCAGCCAGAUUAGAUUUUUUUCCACCUCCCAACCUCCCAGACAUAUUGACCAAGAGAAAUGACACAGUCUGAUGCAGACGUACAAAAACCUGAUGAGUAAUUACUCCCCCCACAAGAUUGUCUGUACAGUGUGAUCCUGCUGCAGACUGAACCAUGAACAUAAAAACAGCAUCUAAAUCUUGGCUGAUUGAGAAUGUUACACUUAACUGGCUUUUAUUUUUUUCCCCACUUUUCCUUCUGGCCAGAACUUUUGUACUGUAAAUUACAGUGUCCAGCUGUUUGUGUGUUCACGCUGUGAGCAACAUGUCUGACACGUGGCGCUGUUUGUGUUGAUUGUAGAUUGAGGGUUCUGAUUACUUCUCCAAGCAUUGAUUAAGAAAAUGUCACAUGUAAAGAAAUCGCACAUGUAAUUGUUUUUGAUUUUUGGAGGAUUUUUUUCUCUUAAAUGGCCCAUUAGUGAAACUAGGAAGGGCACGUUAAUAACAAAUAAAUGAAAUAAAAUUAAAUCUUCAAAUGAAAGAGUGAAUAUAAUGUUUGUUACUUGUGACUUUUUUUUUUUAAGCUGAUCACUCCUCUGCUGCAUUCAGGCGAUGCGCUUGUAUUCAAAACUCUAAAAUUAUCUCAAGCAUGUGACCUUUAUGUUGUGUUUAUAGGUCAUGAACUGGCCAAGCAGUGGAAAGGUCACCGGAGGCUGUAAAUAAUCUAAACCUAACAUCUAGUAUUUGUUCUUGUUAGCAGCGUGGAUUUGCAGCUGGAAGCUGUGCAGAAAAUUGAUUCGUUAUCAUGAUUUUUCUCGCCUUUUUCCAGCGCACACAUUUCAGCCUUCAGUGGCUGUAAGAACAGCUGAGCCAGCAACAACACUGCAGGGAUAAUUAAAGCUCAAAAUCUGCUUUUUUGGACAAUUUGCUGUGAGUCUGACACAUACAGGUCCAUCAGGAUAGUGUGGACUCACUGUAUACAUAUGUCCAGACUUAAGCACCAAAUGUAACAGAAAGACAGUCUUUGAGUCCAGAGGUAAAAUACUAAGGCUAUAAAGAUAUGAAAAGGAGAAAAGUGAAUGCUUUUAUUUUGAAAAUAUGGGCCAAUUAUUUUUAUAUUCAGCCAGUAAACUAACACGUGGUGGUUGAAUGCUGCUAAAUUCAGCUCAUGUCGCUCACAGUAUGAACCACUUGGGCGAGGGUGAUGAUGUCUUCAGGUGUGGAUAUCCCACACCUGAAGUGAAUCGGAGAAGAGCUGCAGAUCCUGAGCUUUUCACACAUUUUCCUUAGGAGCCAACUUGGGACAGCUGAAAGAGAUCUCAUUGCUUCUUGUGAUUUAGGUUUUGUUGUACAAAUGUUUUCUGUUGCUGUUUGAUUUCAUUGUUUGUUUUAUUUCCUAGUUUUGCGGGUAA